UCGCAUGUUCUCCCUUCCCCGGUCAAGUCGAUCACUCGAGACCAGUCUGAGUUCACGUAUCGAGAUCUUCGUCUCAUGGGACAGUCGGCCACCAACUCUCCUUUAAGAGUCAUCGCUUUGAUCGACUUUGACGCCUUCUAUGCACAAUGCGAGACCGUCCGCCUCGAACUACCUGCAGACAAGCCACUGGCAGUCCAACAAUGGCGGGCCAUUAUAGCUCUCAACUAUCCGGCCAGGGACCAUGGUCUCAAGCGUGGCAUGCCAGUCGACGAAGUCAAGCGUCUCUGUCCGAGCAUUCACCUGCAACAUGUUGCGACUUGGCGAGAGGGCGAAGCGAGCUGGGCGUAUCGGUCUGAUCAAGACAAGCACAUGUCCAAUGAUAAAGCUGCGCUGGAACCAUAUCGAAUCGAGUCGAGGAAAGCGUUCGCUUUGAUCGAGAGCUGUCUGCCUGUCACUUCGACCGUUCUGCUGGAGAAAGCGAGUAUCGAUGAGAUGUACCUGGAUCUAUCCACGUACGUUCACGACGUGCUUCUGGAUCGUUAUCCCGAACUUCUCAUCUCAUCACGGGAUACGGAAGGCCAAUACCUCCCACUGCCUCCAGCUACCAGUCUCGACUGGCAAGAAGACAACAUUCUCGGCGAUCAGGCGCAGAGCCUUGACUGGGACGCCGUUGCCAUGAAUAUUGGUGCUGGCGUCAUCCGCGAGCUGAGGCACACGGUACACAGCAAGCUCCACUACACAGCUUCGGCAGGCAUUGCUUCGAACAAGAUGUUGGCGAAGCUCGGCGCCGGCUGUAAGAAGCCGAACAACCAGACUAUACUCCGUACGCGCGAUGUGCCCGAGUUUCUAUCGUCUCUGAAGUACAAGAAGAUUCGUGGCCUUGGUGGACAGCUUGGUACGGCCGUAGAGGAAGCUUUCAAUGUGACCACGGUCGCCGAUCUCCUCCCCGUCUCUCUGAAGCAAAUGCAGACACUUCUCGGCGCCGACGAGGGAACAUGGAUCUACAACGUCAUCCGCGGUCGAGAACACAGCGAAGUCAGCACCCGAAAACUACCCCAGAGCAUGCUGUCGCAGAAGACAUUCACGCCAGCCAUUGCCAACAUAGAGAAAGCUUCACAUUGGCUCCGAAUGUUCGCAGCAGAGCUCUACGAUCGAGUGGUGGCGCUGGAUACUCCUACUCUCCGUCGUCGACCUCGGACGCUGGCUGUGAACCACCAUAUCAAUGGUCGUUUCGGCCCAACUCGCAGCAGGCAAGCCACCAUAUCCACUGGCAGCACGAUGUCUGCAGACUUGAUCUAUGAGCUUGCCAGCAGCAAACUUCGUGAGAUCUCUGCCGAGGCCGUCUCAUGGCCAUGUGCUGCGCUUGGUGUUGUGUUGUCGAAUUUUGUGGAGCUCGAUACGCAGAGUCUUUCGAUUACGACGUUCUUCAAGCCUGGA